ACUCCUCACAAAGACUUGUGACUACGUAACGUAAACUGGACUUUCUACUGAACGACUGAACGUGAAAAUAAGAUAUAGCAGUAGAGAGAUCAGUGAGAUCAGUGUCUACCACAGUAGCUUGGGGUUGUCAGGCAUCGGCACCUGCCACCUGCUGACAAAUACAGUCUUAUAACAUCCAGAGUCUGUGGGCACAUCAUGGGAAACUGCACUUCAGGGACAAAGAAGAAAAAGAAAGGGGACUCUACACCAGACCGUAAUAGCAGCUUAGAUAAUAAGCCUAACGAGGAUGUAACGUAUGCCUCUAUUGACCACGGCCCUGGCAAAGGAUCAAGAACAACUAGAGCUACUACUGACGAUGAUUGUGACUAUGCAACAGUUAACGUCCCAGCAGCGCUUCAACCUAAAACCGAGUCUGAGUGCUCGUCUAAAGAAGAAUGUGAUGACGAUUAUGUACUCAUGGGUUAAAUAGAAACAAGAAGAAAAGCUCAUUCAGUCUAUUGCAAGAUGCAGGACUUACAGAUAACCUUCAUUCUAAUAUUUUGUAACGGCAUUCAAGAAUUUGUUUGCAGUUGGACUGCGACAUUUCCAGUUUAACUCUUAAACUCUUCAAUCAAGAAACGGUGACAAAAUGAACUCAACAGCAGCUGGUUGUGAAAAAGCCAAGCCCCAAGAUGUUUUUUUCUCUACUUUGAGGUAAAUUCAAGCCUGAACACAACUGUAGUGUUCCUUCCUCAAGAGGACAAAAAUGCGACGCAUUUGACCUCUUCACAGAAGAAACUCAACCUCAGGAGGAGAUUCUGUAGCUCUUUAGUCUAAUAUGCCUGGAUUUCUAAAACAUUGUGACAUUAGCACAUUAUUUGGAAUAAGUAAGUCAAAGGAAGCUAGACUUGGUGUUUGGCUUGGGGAGUUUUUGCCAAUCACACAAAAGGAAUGGACAGUUCUGAACAUCUUCAGGAACAGCAACGGCUCCAAAAUCCUGCAAAUCCAGCAGCUUCUGAUACACACUAUAUGUCACACCAUGACCUAAAUGACAGAAUCCACUAUGUGUCAAACAUUUAUGUGAUUAUAGCAUCUUCUGCAAACUUCUGACAGCAUACAUUUUGUUUUUAUUUGUAAAUAUUGGUGAACAUGAUACAGUGAUGAUACGUGUAUAUACUAAAAAUAAAUUCCUAAAAUGUUGGCAUUAGCAGAUUCUUAGCAGGUUUUUAGUGUGUAGUGUGUUCACACUGGAAAAGUGACAAAAUAAGUUUACUCAAAGCAGACAGAAUGCAUACUAAAUCUAUACUAAAUGUCCUUUUCACAGUUUAAUUGGCAUUCAGCCCUGCACGUAUUGUGUUAUUUCCUGUUAGCAUAAAAUGGUGAAGUAUUUUUUUUGUAUACUGACUAAACAGUAUACUAUAAUAAUUAAUACGUAAUACAUAAUAUAUAGAAUUAGUAUGUGGAAUGAAUUUUGGACAUAGCUUUGGUGUUCAGACAUGAGGAAUAUUUGCACAUCAUGCAAGAGCAUGUUCAGUUCAGAACAUCUCCAACAGUAACGUCUUCAAAACACCAAACCCAGUAGCUUCUGACAAACUACAUGAUCUGAUUGACUGAGAAUCUUAAUGUGUCAAUUUUUUCAAUUAUUUUGAUGGCAUCCAUUUUUGUUAUAAAGACAAAAGUUUUGUCUUAAGUCUGUAACUUUCAGCUUUCAACAGGUGUGUGUGCUGCAAAAGUGGUCAAACUUUUUUUUACCAUGACAGCAAAAGAACAGCUCUGUUACCGUCUAACAGAAAGUUGACAGUGAAGUGACUUCGUAGUCAGGUUGGCUAAUUUGAUUACAUCUGCUGUCAUUCUAAGUUUGAUCUUUAUCUCUAGUCUGUUUUGGUUGAAACAGACGCAACGCCUUUCUCCACCUUAAAAACCAAAGAAUGUCAUGUUUAUAUAAUUGUGUCCACAAUAUACCGUAAUCUGCUUUUCAGUUUGUGCUCAUUUUGCAACAUAGUGCCCCUGAGAACUGCUGCACACCACCCUAAAAUACUACAAAUAGGCUUGAGAAUGUAUAUUUUUUACGUUUUGUAUGUAGGAAACAUUUUUGUCUGCCUUUAUCUACCUUUAGGUUUAUUUAUACGUUUGACUAGAUGCAUAUGAGUUGCCUUUGAUUCAUUGUGGUUUAAUUGAUAUUUUUAAUUGAUUAAAACUUUACAGAAUACCAA